AUAAAUAUUCCGGAGGAUGUUAUUAAUUGGAUCACAAUACUAACUAAUCUAGAGGACAAGUUUGUCUACCACUUUGAGUGGCUGAUAGCAGCAGCUCUUACGCAAACGUAUGCUUGUGUGGUUGAGAAUGGCCUCGAAUACAGCAAAUUGGUUAUAGGAGAAGCUGAUGUUUUCCUUCGACUGAAGGAAAAUGAGCCACAUAUGCUUUAUUAUCACCUCGCAGAACCCAACAUCGAAGCCGAAGCACAGAGCGACGCUGACAUC